AUGGGUAAACUCACAAGUGGGUUAUUGCAUCCAGUGCCAGCUGGUAGAGCUCCAGAUCUGGUUUCAUACAGCGUAGACCAGAAAGCCUUUAACACUUCCCUGCUUCUGCAAAGAUGGGACUUUGUAUCUUUUGCCCUUUUCAGCAAUAUCCCGAGGUGCGCAGGAGAGAGCAAUUACACAGUUAUCUACUUGGAUGAAAACCGCUGCUGGGGGCCCAUCAGCAAGAGUAAUGCUUACAGGAUUUUUCUGGCUGGCUUUGUUUUCCUGAUAGGACCUUUUGUAUUUUUCUCCAUUCAGAAGAAUAAGUUUAUUCAAAUUCUUGCCACCACCAUAUCCUUCUCAGUUUUUUGCAUCAUAUUCAUCGUGGCAUUUCACCUCCUAGCUACUGGCCGUGGCAAAGGAAAUCCCAGCUUGGCUAACUUUGGAGCUCUCCCAAACCUGUUUGGAGCUUGUUCACUGGCUGCUGUAUCUCAUGCCACCCUUCCUCAGAUCAUCCCUCCAAUACAAAACAAGGCCUAUCUUGGUUUUGGUAUUGCUAUUGUCUUCAUAGCUGUGGGGACUCUCUAUGCCCUGCUUUCAUUAACAAUCAUGUUCACCUUUGAAAAUGACAAGAUUGAGACAAUUGUCCUGUUAAAUUUUUUGGACUGCUCUGUUGCUCCUGGGGUGUUCUUCAUUUAUUUCUUAGGACUCUAUACCACUUUUAAGGUGAGUGCCAUCUUUCCCUUGAAUGCAGUGACUUUAAGGGAUAAUCUAUGGGCUAUGUUUAGCCCAUUCCAGUGUUCUCAUAUCUGGAUUGUUGAAAGACUCAUCUUUCCGAUAUUGACCAUUCUCCCACCAAUUGUGAUUGCAAUGGUUACAGAGAAUAUAGAAUUGAUUGUAGGAGUAACUGGCUCUUAUGCUGCAACCAUUAUCCAGUUUGUUAUCCCACCUCUAUUGGUGUUCUUCAGCCGGAGAGAUACCCUUGAGAAGUUUGGCCCCAGUGUUCGUAUCAAAUUUGCUUCUCCAUUUCAACACAACAUGUGGAUAAUUAUAGUCAUCAUCUUUGCUGUAUUUGCUCUAAUCACAGUGACAAUAUUGUAUAUAACACAUCAAAGUUAAUAAAAAUAUCUGUGUUACAUAAUAAAAACAUAUAGCAAGUGAACUGGUUAUCCACAAUAUGUCAUACAUACAUAUUUUUGUGCUAAAAACAGAAACAUAACACCAUAUUAUUGGUCGUUACUCAGGCAGGUUAUACACAGAAUUGAUCUGUAUUACACCUUCAUUUUAUGUUCUAACCUCCUCACAUAAUUUUUAUGUUCUAACUCUCCUGAGAAGUCUUUCCAAAGCAAAUGAUGUGUUACAUAGUUGUUACACUUUUAUUUAGUAAUAACAUAAAAUGUGUUGUAUUGAACUGGUUAAGAUGGAGGGUGGAAUUAGCCACUGUUACUAAUGCAGUGAUUCUCAAACAGGGUGCCGUGGUACCCUGAGGUACCUUGAGAUCUUUCUGUUGCAGGGUGCCAUAUAAUACUAGCUGUUCAAUUCACAAAAAUCAUUCACAAGAUAAAUCCAGAGAUUUCAAAAAGGAAUCCACAGUGUUAAAAGC